AUGAAGCUGGAGGUGUUGGAUCCGUUAGAUAACUGGAGAGAAUUACGAGUGGCAACCGUUUAUGAGAUCAUGGAAGAUGGCUACCUCAAGAUUGUUUUUGAUGGCGAAGAAAUGGAAGAGGACCCAGUGCCACUUCAUUAUUCUUCGGAGCUGUUAUUUCCGGUGGGAUACGCCGAGAAACAUGGAUUACGUUUGAAAGGCCCAACAGGAGCACAAGUUUUUCAAUGGGAAGCAUAUCUAAAACAAAGCCAAAGCGUUGCUGCGCCCGAAAGUCUUUUCGAAAAUUUCAGCGAGGACGUUUUAAGCAAUUUCAAGAUUGGAGCAAAAUUGGAGGCCGUUGAUUUAUGUGAGCCAAAUCUGAUUUGCACAGCCACUGUAGCGGCACAUCAUGGCCGAAUCCUGGAAAUUGAAUACGACGGUUGGGAUAGCUCAUUCAAUCAGUUAUUCGACUACAAGUAA